AUGUUACCCAAGUCGCAACCAAGCCUCAGAAUCAUCGAUUUGGGUCAUAUUGACCAUUUUUAUGACUUUUUGGAUUUGUAAACACCACCAUAAUCACUACCAACAUGGGUUAUGUUGCAAUAAAAAAAGUUUGAAUAAUCAACGGAUAGCCAUUACAGUCAAAAUCUCUUAAUUUACACUAGAAAUUUAAUUAGAGCCAAUAUGGCUAUAAACUCUAAAAACCUAGAGGAUAAAAAUAUCUUCAAAUUUAUCUCAUAGACCCAGUAUGUUUCAGCUGAUCUUAUUAUAGGGAAAUAACUUGGUAUGAUAUAACUUAAACAUACCUGGACUAGGAGUUGA